AUGGAGUCACUUGCAAAUUUCCCGAAUGGAGAAUGGGAGUACUCAUUCAACAAAUUAUUCUCCAUUGAUGACCACCUUGAUUUCUCGUUUCCAUUAGAACAUGAUGAGGGUUUGAGCUUUAUAAACCCUGAAAUCAAUGAGAUUUUAUUGCCUUCUAGUAAUGCUUUCGAUUACAAUUCUGUUGCAACCUACGACCUUACCUGUUCAAAUCAUGUUGCUGUAACAAAUGACAUCACCAUGUCAUUUGACUCGUUUCCCCCACUAUUCCCCAGCACUCCAAUGGAAGGCAAUGUCAACAAUGUCAUCGAAGAUUUGAACACAAAGAAACGACCUCGGGCAAUGUCAAAAGGUUGUAAGAAUGUGCAGAGGUCAAAGAAGAACCGCAAUGAAAGGGAAUGUAAUAAUUACAUUGGUGUGGAAAAUGGACAUAGUUCAAGUACAACAUGUAGUUCAGAGGACGAUAGUGUUUGUCAAGACAUUAAUAGUAAUGGUGGGGGUGCAACCUCGGAUACCAAAGCUUCUCAAGCUCUUAACUUGAACGGAAAGGCAAGAGCUAGUAGAGGAUCAGCAACUGAUCCCCAAAGUCUUUAUGCAAGGAAAAGAAGAGAGAGGAUUAAUGAGAGGUUGAGGAUUUUGCAGCACCUUGUCCCCAAUGGAACUAAGGUUGAUAUCAGCACAAUGCUUGAAGAGGCUGUCCACUAUGUCAAGUUUUUGCAGCUACAAAUCAAGCUUUUAAGCUCUGAUGAUCUAUGGAUGUAUGCUCCCAUUGCUUACAAUGGUGUUGAUGUGGCACUCAACAAGAAGAUCUCUACACUUUUAUGA